UGUCGCGGGGUAGUCAGUCACUCUGUUGUUACUGGUUUCGUGGAACGCCACGCACCGAGCGCCACAAGGCAACCGCUUGUGUUCCGAAAGUGUUUUUAUUCUUUUCACGGCACACAUCGUGUUACAUUCAAAGAUAAUAAUUAUUGGCCCGCAAUUGACGCAGUGCGUUCAUUGUUAAAGUUAUUGUAAAAACAAUAUACCAGUAGCGUCGUGAUACAAUCCCGUGUAAUAUAUAUCCGAAAGUAGAAGGUUAUUGUGCCACGGAAGGGAGCCAGGCCGCACAGCCGAGAUUAUAAAAAGUUGACAUUGGAACGGCCAUUUUGGCGUGUUGUUUCCGAAUCGAGUGCUGUGUUUCAGCAUCGAUAUCCAUCAGUUUGAAGGAAAUUUGAGACACUCUAAAGCCUGCGAUAUGAUGACCGAAACUCAUAUUAAUUCUAAUCACAUGCUGAAUUCCGGCUUGGGUCCGAAAGGUGAUCUAGAGAAGAUGGACGAUAUAGGUUGGAAAGCAAAACUGAAAAUUCCGCCCAAAGACAAACGCAUCAAAACAAGUGAUGUUACGGACACACGUGGCAACGAAUUCGAAGAAUUCUGCUUAAAGCGUGAAUUGUUGAUGGGAAUUUUUGAGAAGGGGUGGGAAAAGCCGUCCCCAAUACAAGAAGCAAGUAUCCCCAUAGCUCUUUCUGGCAAAGAUGUACUUGCACGAGCUAAAAAUGGCACAGGCAAGACUGGUGCAUAUUCAAUCCCUGUAUUAGAACAGGUGGAUCCACGUAAAGAUGUUAUUCAAGCAUUAGUGAUAGUUCCUACUAGAGAAUUGGCACUGCAGACAUCACAGAUAUGCAUUGAACUUGCAAAACACAUGGACGUCAAGGUCAUGGUUACCACUGGAGGAACUAAUCUGCGCGACGACAUUAUGAGGAUUUACCAAAAGGUGCAAGUAAUCAUUGCGACACCGGGACGUAUCCUCGAUCUUAUGGAUAAAAAUGUUGCAAAUAUGGAUCACUGUAGAAUCCUCGUAUUGGAUGAAGCUGACAAGCUUCUAUCUCAAGACUUUAAAGGGAUGCUGGAUCAUGUUAUAUCCAGAUUACCACAAGAACGUCAGAUUCUAUUAUACUCUGCUACAUUUCCCCUGACAGUAAAGCAAUUCAUGGAAAAGCAUCUAAGGGAUCCAUAUGAAAUUAAUCUGAUGGAAGAGUUGACAUUGAAAGGAGUGACACAAUAUUAUGCUUUUGUACAGGAACGUCAAAAAGUUCACUGCCUUAAUACGCUAUUUUCUAAGUUACAAAUUACACAGAGCAUAAUAUUCUGCAAUUCAACACAACGCGUUGAAUUACUCGCUAAGAAAAUAACAGAUCUCGGCUACUGCUGUUAUUACAUACAUGCGAAAAUGGCCCAGGCACACCGAAAUCGAGUCUUUCAUGAUUUCCGCGCUGGACUCUGCCGGAACCUGGUUUGUAGUGAUCUGUUCACGCGUGGAAUUGACGUGCAAGCUGUGAAUGUUGUAAUAAACUUUGACUUUCCGAAGAUGGCGGAAACGUAUUUGCAUCGUAUUGGACGUUCAGGUAGAUUUGGACACUUAGGUAUUGCGAUCAACCUCAUAACUUACGAAGAUCGCUUUGCCUUGCACCGCAUAGAACAAGAGCUUGGAACCGAGAUAAAGCCAAUUCCAAAGGUGAUUGAUCCAAGCUUGUACGUCGCACGAUUGGAAGAGAAUAGCAUUAUGGAAGAAGGAAACAUAUCCAAGUAGUUUGGAAAAUGUUUAAGAUAUGAACAAAAUUGAGAGAAAAAAACAUAAAGAAAUACACGAAAAUGCUCAAAGCAUCUUCUAAGAGUGGAAAAAGUGAUUUUUUCGGUGCAGAGGAAGGGUAUAUAUAUACAUAUAUAUAUAUAUAUAUAUAUACACACUUAUAUAUAUAUAUGAUACUAUACAUAUGUAUAUAUGCUUUGAACUCACGAUUAUAUGUGAAAAGUUACUUAAGUCUGAAGAUAAUAGUCGACUAAUGCCUAGCAGUGUAAAGAAAAAGACAAAAACAGUGCUAUGAACAUUGAUUUAGAUAAAAAGUGAUUUCGAGAGUUAUGAAGUGGAGAUUAACAAAAAAUU